CACGAUCAGUUGCAUUUGCUAGCCAGUAGCCAUCAAGCAGGAGGUGUACAUCUUCGUGCUGUAUCAUUAUCCAAUAUACCAAUUUUCACCGGGUCAUUUUGACAUACCAAAGUCAAGUGAUUUUACCAUUCUUUCAAUUCGUAAUUACCACUCUAUUAUCCCAGUUGCUAUUAUCCUGAUAAUCCAUCCACCUGUUAGUAGAUCAUCGUCAAUGAAAACACGAAGAUAGGAUGAGAAAAGUGUCAUCUACGAAACAAGUUCUAACGUCUUAUCGAGGCAAAUGUUUAGUUCUGCGGAGCAACCGUUCGGCAAGAUGGACAAUGCGGAAGAUAUGAAGACAACCGUCGAGUUAUACAUUUAUGAUCUUACGAAGGGUAUUGCCUCUAUGAUGUCUAGGCUCGUCAUCGGUCAACACGUAGAGGGGAUAUGGCAUACAGCGAUCGUAGCAUACGGAAGAGAAUACUUCUUUGGUCCAUCCGGAAUUCAAACUGCUCGACCCGGUGGCACGGCGCUGGGAGAACCGCUCAAAGUGGAAAAAGUCGGCGAAACGUACCUGCCAUAUUCCGUCUUCUUCGAAUACAUAAACGGCUUGGGUGCAUCCACGUUUGCCCCGGGCACGUACAACCUCUUCAAACACAAUUGCAAUUCCUUCACGAACGAAGUCAGCAACUUUCUGGUGGGCCAGGAUAUUCCAAAGUAUAUCCUCGACUUGCCAGAGGAGAUACUUCAAACACCGAUUGGACAACAGAUUGGAGGACUCAUAGAUGGUUUGUGCAGCAGCGCGAGUAGAGCAUUUAUAGUUGAUCCAACAUUCCUUGAGCCGAGAAAUCACAGAGAGGUUUCACCGGAGUUUCAACUUUUGAACGAGGCUAUCGAAGAGGCGAGAUUGAAUUCAAUCGCGUUGGAAGAAAGGAGGAACGAGAUCAACGAGAAACUCGCGAAGAAGGAUAGAAAGAAAAAGAAGAAGAAGAAGGAGAAAAAGCAGAAGGGAGGCAGGGAUAGUGGUGCGAGCGAUAGCAAUAGUACCGACCCCAGCAAUUGUACACACAUGGCGGAAAGUGAAAGCGUAGUGAGCGAAAUGCAAGUCUCGAAUGGCGAGAACUCUGCUGUGUUGCCAUCGGAGAGAGUGAUGCAAAUGGAGGAAGAGGAAAAGAAGGAGUUGGAAGAAAGGAAACGCCAUCGAGAUCCUCCUAUCGUGUUCAAGGAUUUAGUGAACAUCAAGGAAGAGUACCAAGCGUUAGUCAAAUUGUUAGAUGGAAAGUUGAGCGAGGAGGAACGUGUGUGCAUGGAUGAGCUUCGGCAGUAUAUGUUAGAAAACGAAGGCUCUUGGGCACUUGGUGACAACUUCUUAAAUUUCGUUGGACGAAUACUCUAUGACAAAUCAUUGGCAAGUGACGCAAGGGUCAAGUUACUGAACGUUCUCUCCGUUGCCGCGUUAAAGGACGAUGUAAUACUGUUGUUGCACCAGGACAGAAGGGAGCAUAUAAUGAUGAAUUAUGCUUUUGACAUCGAUCGUCAUCCGCAGGAGGAGCAAUUGCCCCUUGCACAAUUUUUGGCGAACAUGUUCGAAAACCUUAGCAGCUCAGAAUGGCUGUUGUACAUAUCGGAGUGGCAGCAUCAAACUCAAAAUAUCAGUAACAUAAGGGUGACGACGAAAGUUGCAGUGCAUUCGUUGCUUUCCAACUCGAUCGAUUUGCAAAUCCGUGGCGCCGCUAUUAUUCACAACCUUGCCUGCAAGGAGGUAAAAACUGUGAAAAUGAACAAAAGCAAAAAUCUGCGGCGACUUUUACCAAAAGGCAGCAUUUCUAAGGUGUUCGAUGACGUCGCUGUGGAAUUGACAAUGGCAUUGUUGCAAUAUUUCAAUGGCAGCCCCGCUGAAGAGCAGCUGUACGCGUGCAUGAAGUCAUUGGCACGUUUCACGCAGAUCAGCGGCCAAGAUGUGCCACAACUUAUACAAAUGAUCGGGCCGGAACCAAACAAAUUUCGUGGAACGUCCGAGAGGAUCGACGAACAAAUUGACCAGGUCAACAAGAAGUUGCGUUAAUGCAACGAUACAAUCGCGUUAAUAAGAAAUAUUGUUAAAUUCCGGCAUUGGCAUUAAUUGCGUUACAAUUUAAUUUAUACAUGAAGAUUUCAUCGAAAUUAUUUGAAUAUAGUAUGUCAUUGUAAUUAUUAUUAGUUAUUCUUGUCAGUUAAUAAUUAUUGCUAUUACUAUAAUUAUAUUAUAAUUAUAUUAUUGGAAAUUUUAAUACCUUUCAGUUUCAUCUGAUUUUUAUUGCGAGAAAAAUAACAUUGUACUUAUCGAAAUUGUUAGACUAGCGACUAUGUAAUUAAUGGUUAUAUAGGAGUUUUUGAUUAGAAGAUAAAGUAAACUAAAAUUAAUUAGAAACUUAGAUAAAGUAAAUUAAAUAUUACUCCGUCAGAGUACAAAAGAAUCUCUAUAAUUAAUAAAAGGAAUAGUUAUUGUAAAAUUGGGAGAUAGUGACGAUAAAAAUAUCUAUAGAAUUCAGUUACGUCAAACGACAGAAUUCAGUCAUAAAAAUCAAAAAAAAAACAAAGAAUAUGAAAUGUUACGUUGAGACAAUAGAGCUUUACAAAUGAAAACGUAUACCUUUUGAAGCAUGCGAGAAGCACGUGAAAUAUAAUUCAUUUGCAAUUUUAUUUUCAUUUAUAAAACGUAGAUCUGCGAAUGUAAACAUAUACUGUAUACCAUGUGAUUAAUAUAGCACAACGUGAGCGAGUAGCGUACGCGGAUCUAACAUAAUAGUUGUAUCCUCCAACACGUUUCCAAUCAGGAACACCUUGGGUAAUAUCCUUAAUUAGGCAACGCAAUAAAACGCUGGCAC